AUGGUCAGAACAGCAGCCACAUCAUCAGCAACAUCAAAACCAAAACCAGAUUGGACCUGGCUCACCUCCACCUCCCGGCUCGAGGAUAUUACACCAGAGCAAAGAAGACAAGCUGCUGGCUUGGUAGGGGGUGUACCUUGUGCGGUAGAUUUGACGCCUCGGUUGGCGUCUGAUCUUGAGAGGGAGGAUAAAGCGAAUGGAGGUGGGAAUGGAGGUAGAGGGAAGGAUGUCAAAGGUCAAGGUAAGGGAGAUGGAAGUGAGAAGGGAAAUGGAAAUGGAAAUGGAAAUGGAAAGGCCCAAGGAAGAGGGAAGGGGAAAGGCAAAGGACAAGCGGGAUGUAGAGCAAGAGGGUGUAAAACCAAUCCUGUUUGUUACAACCACCUCGGUAUCGAACCCCUCCUCGAACACGACGCCAAACAAUCCUGGAUCACGGACCAUCUAGGCGAUUCCGCAUCGGCAUUAUCAGAACAAAGAGACCCGGACGAACCUGCAGGUCUGCGCAAUCUCGGGGCAACUUGUUAUGCGAAUGCGUUUCUGCAGUUAUGGUUUCAUGAUGUGCCUUUUCGGAAUGCUGUUUAUGCUUGUGCUACCUCGGAAAACACUCCCCUCUUCCAACUCGCGCUCAUAUUCGGGAUGCUAGAACAUUCAGAGAAGAAGGUGGUUGAUCCGAUGGGGCUGAUUGAUGCGUUGAGAUUGAAUAAGGGGGAUCAGCAGGAUGCUGCCGAGUUCUCAAAGCUGUUCAUGUCGCUCAUAGCAUCAGAAUUCGGCAAGAACCCUGAUCCAAAGUUGAAGAAUCUGGUGUCAGACCAGUAUGAAGGCAAGAUGCGGUAUGUCACAAAGUGCGAGUGUGGGUAUGAAAGUGUUACCGAAACAACGUUUUUAGAACUCGAGUUGAGUUUGAAAGACAACACCACCCUCCAAAACCGCCUCGACACAUUCCUCCUCCCCGAGCUCCUAGACGGAGACAACAAAUACAACUGCCCCUCCUGCCUCUCCGCCCGACCCGCCACCCGCCGUCAAUUCCCAUCCCACCUCCCGCCCGUCAUCCACUUUUCCCUCAUGCGGUUUGUGUUUGAUAUGGCGAGCCUGAGUCGAAAGAAGAGUAAAGCGGGCAUAAGGUAUCCGAAGGAGAUUGUGUUGGGGAAUAGUGUCUAUCAGUUAAGGGGCGUUAUUACGCAUAUGGGGCCUAGUGCGCAUCAUGGUCAUUUCAUAUGUGAAACAUACGACGAACCCUCCGACAAAUGGUACAUCUACAACGACGAAACUGUCUCCCCCAAACCCCCUCGACCCACCAAACGUCUCAAAAUCUCAUCAUCCUCCUCCUCCCCGCCUCCUCCAGGAGAAGAAUCCUCCAAAGACGCUUAUAUGCUGGUGUACAGACGUCGGGAUGGGCCUAUAAGGGCGGAGGGGGUGCCAGGGGUGGUGAGGAGGAAGGUGGAGGAGGUUAAUGGGAGGUGGAGGGAGGAGAUUAAUGGGGUGGUGGUGAGAAGGGAGGUUUUGGUGGAUGAGUGGGAUCAUUUCAAGGGGGGUAAGAUGGAUACGGACUUUAUCGUACCGAGGGAAGCGUUGGCAGGAUGGUUCCAGGCGAAAACGUUUGACGAGCUCUAUGCGCCGUUCGAUUUCGGCCCAGUAAUGUGCGACCAUGGACAGAUCGACCCAUCCACAUCAUCCGAAUUACGCCUCAUCUCGGCCCUCGCACACGACAAGCUCUCACACUACUCCAACCUCCCAUCGCUCGACAUUUGCCCCGACUGUAUCGGCGUCGAAUUCGCCAAGCGGCUGAAAGAUGCCGAGCGACAAGCGGCGGUGGAGGGGUACGACGAGUUGAUGUCGGAUCUGACGGGGGAUGAUGAAGGGGAAAUGUGGUGUAUCCCCCAAACUUGGGUACUUCACUGGCGCGCUGGUAAACUGCCCCCCGGCGCGACACCGGCGAGUGAAGAGUACACGCUCUUCUGCCAACACGGUAAACCUUCUCCGGAUAUACCUGCUACAUCCAACAUUACCGCUUCCGCCCUCGCGCACCUCCACUCCAUCUUUGGUGACUUUGCUGCUUUUCACCCGUCCGACCCAAUUUGUGAAGAAUGUUCGCAGUCGGGCCAGGCGGACGCGGCGAUGAUGGCGCAGUGGAAGGUCGAUGUCAAGUUUGAUAGGGCGAUCAAGAAACAUCUCGAUCCCAAACCGCCGGCCUAUGGUUUGGACUAUUUCGUGCUACCGACGCGGUGGGUCGGGGAGUGGGAGGAGUAUAUGAAAACGCCCAGGGAGAGGCCGGAGCUGGAUAUGGAGAGGGAUGGGUAUUGUGAGCAUGGGAUGUUGGAUUGGGAUCCGGAGACGACGAGGUGUCGGAUCGUAGAUGAGAAUGGUUGGAAUUUGAUCUGUCAGAAGUAUGGGGAUCAACGUAAACCUGUCAAAAUCCAGUUUGGACCAGAGAUUGCACAAGGCAAAAAGUACGGGAUCCAGAGCGUCUCGGCGUCGGUAUGCGAACCAUGCCGCUCGGCUCGGCUGUCGACAUACGAAUCUACCACUAUCCCUAUCAUCUUCACCCCCGCCUCCACCAACGGGCACGCCAAUGGCCAAAGCAACGACAAUGACAAAGCGGCGAAUGGGAACGGCAAAACAGCCCGCACCACCGGCCGUUCUUUGCGUGCCCGAAACAAAACCCUCGAAAUACCUGCUACCCCAAGAACGACAAUCAAAGAAAUCAAAGUCGAAAUCAUGAACCAGACCGGCAUUUUUCCCAUGCUCCAGAAACUCUUCUACCACGACCGCGAGCUGGACGAAGGGGAAAAGACGGUGAGGGGCGUGGGGUAUCUGGAAGGCGAGGAGAUGGUGUUGGAAGAGGUGGAUGGAGAGGGAGAGUGGGAUGAUGAUGGGGUGAAGAGUGAAGGGGUGGAGGAAGGGUUUGGGGGGACGGCGUUGUUGGCGAGGAUCAAUUGCCCGGAUUGUACUUACGAGAAUGAUGGGACGGCGACUUGCUGCGAUAUGUGCGGUCGGGUGAGUCUUUCGAGUUUCGUUCGUUGA